AUGGCUCAGAGAGAAAUCAAUAUUAAGCACAUUCCAAGUUUCAACUACUCUGACUUCUGGGAGAUCGACCUGCUCCCUCACUUGUCGGCCGACACCACAAUCCGACGAAUCAAGGCACAGUUUGCACGUUAUGGCGUCCCGGACAGAGCCAUUUCGGAUGGGCGAAGCCAGUUUGCGUGCAGUGAAAUCCGGGCAUUUGCAAGGGAGUGGGGCUUCGAACAUGUCAUAUCCUCACCGCGGCACCCAAAAUGGACAGGAUGGAGGAGAGGGGUAUGCCUGCAGCAGUUGGGACUCCGGUCCAAUCUGGUCGACGUAGAGGGGACCACAUAUCGACGCAACAGAAUUGAUCUUCGACCGGCCGAGGCAACCACUGCCCAACCGCUGGCUCGACCACAAUUGACCCCAGAGCAGCCUGCGAGUGGAGGUGGCAAAAGAGACAGUGUUGGUGGUGCUGGGGAGUCUCCAAGAUCUUCACCGGCCCCAAGGUCACCGCUGUAUUCUCCACAGGCCAGAGACACACCGCGUCGUGUGCUAGAGGGCCGGACUUUCUCCCGGAUCUCCCAGUUCCUGCUGCUGAAGAACAUCCCCAACAGCAUGAUGCUGCCACCACCUUGCUUCACUUUGCAGGAGAAUAAGACAUUCCUGUCCAUGCUAAACAAUGUGCUGACAACAGACGGUUUCUACUUUAGCACUGACUACGACCUGACACACACCCUUCAGCGGCUGGCCAACACCAGCCCUGACUUCCAGGAGAUGAGCCUCCUGGAGAGGGCCGAUCAGAGGUUUGUCUGGAAUGCAAAUCUCCUCAGAGAGCUGGCAGCACAGCCAGAGCUUCACAGGUUUGCACUACCAAUGGUACAUGGAUUCAUUGUUAUGAAACCUUGUCGAAUAAAUGGAAAAAUCUUUGAAUGGAUACUAAUAUCCCGGAGAAGCUGCUUCCGAGCAGGUGUCAGAUACUAUGUCAGAGGCAUUGACUCUGAAGGCCAUGCUGCUAACUUUGUGGAAACUGAGCAGAUCGUUUUGUAUGAGGGAGCCAAGGCUUCCUUUGUACAGACACGAGGUUCUAUGCCCUUUUACUGGAGUCAAAGGCCCAACUUGAAAUAUAAACCUAAACCUAUCAUCAGUAAAACAACCAGUCAUAUGGAUGGUUUCCAGAGGCAUUUUGACUCACAGCUCCUCAUCUAUGGGAAACAAACCAUUCUUAAUCUGGUAAAUCAGAAGGGUUCUGAAAAGCCACUAGAACAGGCAUUUGCCAAGAUGAUAUUCAGUUUGAACAACGGUAUGCUCAGUUACAUAGCCUUUGACUUCCACAAAGAGUGCAGCCACAUGAGAUGGGAUCGUCUCCAAAUCUUGGUGGAAGCUGUUGCUGAGACACAAGAUGAAUACAGUUACUUCAUGGUGAACUCAGAAGACAAGGCACUUGUCCAGCAGAGAGGAGUCUUCCGCAGUAACUGUAUGGACUGCUUAGACAGAACCAAUGUCAUCCAGAGCUUAUUGGCACGACGCUCAUUACAGUCUCAGCUCCAGAGAAUGGGGAUUCUCAACAUAGGACAGCGGCUUGAAGAACAGGCUGACUUUGAAAAGAUCUACAAAAACGCAUGGGCUGACAAUGCCAAUGCAUGCGCUGUACAGUAUGCAGGAACUGGGGCAUUGAAAACCGACUUCACAAGGACAGGCAAGAGAACCCGCUGGGGAUUAUUGCUGGAUGGUUGGAACUCCAUGAUACGCUACUACAAAAACAACUUCUCUGACGGCUUCAGACAAGAUUCAAUUGACCUGUUUUUGGGUAAUUUUGCCAUUGAUGAAUCGGACUGCCCUAGUCCUCUUCGGGUGCAGAAAGACUGGAAGUUUCUGACUUUACCGAUCAUCAUGUUGGUGGCGUUCUCCAUGUGCAUCAUAUGUCUUCUCAUGGCUGAAACAGUGACAACCCUUCAGUACAUGGAUGCUGCGGAGACUGCUUCCUGCACUGCCGCGGGUGCUGACAAUGCCACCUAUAGUGGCCCUGAUAGUGAUGAGCCUGAUGAAAAUGAUGCUGAUUGGAGACUAAUCGACCAUCAUGUCACCUUGUCAUCUGAUUCAGAAAAUGAGAGUGAUAGUGACUGCUUUGAAGAUAUUUUGAGGUCUGGAUUAUUUUAUCGUCAGAAUAGCUUCUGCUAUUGGCCAAAGCCAAAUCCUACCCACUCCAGAAUCCGGAGAGCUGAGAUUCCUGACAAAGAAGUCUGGGAUAGGCUGCCAAUUCGGGUUUUCAGGAAAACAUUGACUGAAGACUUUGACAAGGCCCUUCAAUAUGAAAAACAAGCUGAAAUGUUUUCGAGCCCAGAGGAAGAAGAAAUGUCAACCAAAUGGAGCCACAUCACCCCUGAACGUUAUAGAAACGAUGAGGAAGAUGUGUUUGAUGCUGACGGCGAAGAGGAAAUUCGGCCAAAAAAGAAGUGCAGAAAAGAGAAAUUACAGAUCCUCAUCCAGGCACCCCCACUGCCAGUGCUCCCACCAUUGAACUUUCCAAACUCCAGCGAGUACCAGACCACUUCAGCCAGUACCAGCCAAUACUACACCACUCCAAGGCAUCCAGGCCGACCUCACAGCCCAGCGAGAAGCAGCACUUACAGGCUCAGUCCAGACAGGAAUCAUGCAUCCAGCUCAAGCCAGUACCAAACCACUCCAGCCAGUACGAGUCAGUACCAGACCACUCCAAGAAACAGCAGGAAUGCCCUUGGAAGUGAACUUUUCCAGUUAAACAUGAAAGUUCAAAAACUAGUUGAGAACCAGGGAGAAAUUAUGCGCAUGCUGAGAGGGCUGGCAGCACAGUCUGUGGGGCCAGAAGCUGUGGAUGUUCAAGAUCUCAUUGAGAAGCCUUUCGAGACUCUUGAGCAGCUUAAGACCUUCUGUGAACAGCUCAACACUGAUCUUCUGCUCAGAAAGCAGCUGGUGAAAGCUCUUACUGCUCUUGGUGGGCAGAAUUUGGCAGACACGGUGAGGACAAUGCUGAGGAAAAUUGCCACAAACAAAGUCCUGGAGCAGCUUGGUCUCCGUGGAAAGACAGGCAAAGUGGCGUUUGAGGACUUGCCCUUUUACAGAAUAAUAAUAAAGGCAUGCAGGGGUGUUUACAAACAGACGACCACAGCUGAAGUAGAUUGUGAGCUUGGAGAGGUCCUGAAACUGGCCACUUUUCGAAAGGGAGGUUCAAAGUUUGAGGAGAAGAGGAGGAAUUAAGAGGAAGCGACGGCGAAGAAGGGCAAAGGGAAGUGUAAAAAGGAAAUGGACAGUGAGAUGAGUGACCAGGAAGUGAAGAAGAAGAAAACAGGGAAAGGGAAAAGAACCAAGCAAACGCCAGUGAGACCAGUGAGCAUUGAGCAGGAAGAGAACCAACAAGAAGGGGCAGGAGUACACUGACGCGCACGACCAAGACCACAGCAUUCCAUUUCUAUUGUAUUAUAAUUAUCACUAAUAAAGAAUUAUUGUUGAA